UCAAUUCUUCCAAUCGUAGACGUCAACAAAGCAAUCGUCUCUAGUGUGUGCGUAUGUGUAUCGUUGUUUUUUCUUAUGUUUGUGCUAAUACCAUCCUGAAGCUAAACUUUUGUUUUGUAUUAUCAAUCGAAAUAUUUAUGGAAAAUCGAGCUGGCUUUUUAUGAGAAUUGGUUGUUGGCAACAAUAAAAAUGGAGGCUACAUCAGAAACAAUUAGUCGCUCGAGGUCUGGCAGUGUAGCCGAGGAGUACCUACAGUGUCCUACGUGUGAAUGCAAACUGCAACGUUAUGAAGUGAAGGCACAUUUCGAACAAGAGAUGGAGCGUUUAAGACAAUUACAAAUGAAAGCGGUAAGCGAAGCCACUGCCGAAAUAACACAACAAAGCCCUAGCAAUACAGUGGCGCUUAGUGAGGAGCGACGAAAACCGUGGACAAUAUUCCAACGCGUGCAGCGAAAUCGGCAUUCACGUAUAAGGCGAAGAACUGGUAAACGCCCGCCACCACCAGCCGAUCAGAAAUGCCCGGUUUGCAAUGUCAGCUUUCGCUUGGAAGAAAUUCAACAGCAUGUUGAACAGUGUCUACUACGUAGUAACGGCACCAUCAAUGGGCGUGAUGGGGGCAGUUCAAGCAAUGAAGACGAAGAUGGUGAGGAAUAUGAAGAAUACGAAUGGGCUGGUCAAAAACGCAUACGUGUCUCAAGUCUGUUGCAAGGCGGUUAUGCAGCAAUCGGUAUAGGACAGAUUGUGACAAAUCAUAGCAGCAGCAGUAGUCAGGCUCGCGAUGAAGAGGACGAAGAUUUGAAUGUUGAUGAGGAUGACACACAAAUCUACGGACCGGCUCAGUAUGGUGAGACAGAUGUUAUACCGCCCGCCGGUUCGGAGGAAAAUGGUAACAGUGCAGAUAGCGAUGUAACAAACUAUAUGCGGCGGCUAAUAACUGGCACUGCAGAAACAACUGGUUCAAGCAACAACGCGGCGGAGUUGCGUCGCACAAAAAACGCGAAUGCGAUAGUCGCAAAUACAGAGGCAUGCAUUCCACGGACUGACCCAACUACCUGUGUAGUAUCCACAGAAGCACAAGUUCCCACCACAAGACUACUUUCUAUGAGUGAACAACAAAAUAACCCGCAGAUAAUAGAGUCACUAAAAAUAAAAUUACGACAUUACGAAAAUCAAGCACUGAACAAGUUUAAAUGUUUGAUUUGUUUGGAUGAUUAUCGAAACCCAGCAAUUUCCGUAGCUUGUUGGCAUGUACAUUGUGAGGAGUGCUGGCUACGCUCGUUGGGUACACGAAAACUCUGCCCACAGUGCAAUUUGAUUACGACGCCUAAGGAUUUACGUAGAAUUUAUAUGUGAAUGGAGUAAAGUAACGAUAGAAGCAUAACCAGUGUAUUUAAUUUAAAUUUCAAGUCGAUUUCAUUCAAUCAAUUACAGUUUUUGAUUUUUGUAAAUCCAGACACAUUUUAUACAUACAUACUUAUGUUUAGGUUAAAAAAAACAGUUUUCUUUUUGUUACAAAUUUGCAUAUUUACGCCCAUAUUGAGUUCGAAUAAGCAAAAAUAAUAAAAUUAGCCUUUAAGGAAAACAGAUCCUAAGCUGUGUUGCAGUUACAAUAAAAAUAUAAGAUAUAAUUUAGCUGUAAGAAGCUAUAUUAUAGAAGUAUAUACAUACGCA